AAUGAAGCUAUUAAUUAUAAAAGAUCGACUACAGAUGCGCAGGAACCUGUUUACAAGGAAAACGCAGCAAGUUUCAGUCUGAGGUAAUGCGGACCAGACUGAAACUGCACAGGGUUAGGGUUACUCAUCUCUCUGUUUUUCUUCACGCCAGACCACUUUAUCUUGGAAAUAUUUUGACCAAGGAUCAUUUUUAGGCUCCAUAACGAGAAGACCGAUAAGUGAACAACGCGAGGUAGCACUCCCGUUUCUGAGGAUUAAAACCACCCUCUGCUUUUGGAGGAGCUCUUUAGGCAAACCAGUUUUGUUUUUUGAACCUGUUUGUGAUGUGCACGGAGGUAGGCUAGAUAGCCUGUUAUGAGGGAGUUAAUAUGUUAUAGAGCCUUUGUAGUCUAAAGUUAUUGGUAGACUUUUAGGCAUAGUAGAUAAAAAGACAAUAGAUCGAUAGGCUCAAUGGGCUGAGGAUGCUACUGGUGACGGUCGGCAUUUUUUUUUUUCGGCGGAUCGAUGUAAUAGUUUUACUUGACUGUUGACAAGUGUUAGAUCAUUAAAUUUACAUAGUUCAUCUUGAGCUGUUGCACACUUGAUCCAACAGCUGCCAUGUCAUUUGAGAUGAGUUUAAACGUUACAGUGAGCAAGUGUCAGAUGUUUCCAUUACAGCAUGCAUAAGUACAGUAUCAAUAUAAUCUAGGCACUAUGUGCAUGUAGAAUUUGUUGCUUGUGGACCCACUGGAGUAUCAAGAUGUCAGUGAAAGCCAAAGCAAUCUACACUUUUUUAAGUGAAAACAAAGAGGAGAUCAGCAUCCAGGAGAAUGAGGAACUGGUUAUCUUUGAUGAGAACUCAGUGGACGGCUGGUUUCAGGGGGAGAACAGCCGAGGGCAGAGGGGUCUCUUCCCUGCAUCCUAUGUGGAAAUUAUUCGCACUCGCUCAAACUCUAAUGUGACAGAUUGCUCCAUAAGCCCGGCAGGAUCUUUAGGAAAUGACUCCUCCUAUUUCCCCUCGACCCAAAACACCCCCCUGCAUUUGCAGCAGAGUUACUAUGAUGAUGACGACGAUGACUGGGACGACUGGGAUGACAGAUCGACAGUGGUGGAUGAUGCUGACCACCCUAGGAGCCCUGGGGCCAAUGGAUAUGCCAAUCAGAGCCCACGGUCCAACAACCCGAAUGUGCACUAUCGGGCCAAACCGCACAUGGAGAGACAGGACAGCAUCUCUAGCUCGAGGAAAGGCAGCAUGGUCGGCAGGAACUUGAACAGAUUUUCUAGCUUUGUCCGCUCAGGUGUAGAAGCGUUUGUGUUGGGUGAUGUACCCAUGAUGGCAAAGAUAGCUGAGUCGUACACCAUCGAUAUGGGUCCCUUGGGGCCCCGGUGGAAGGAGAACCCACAGCCUUUUUCCUGCUCCAUUGAAGACCCCACAAAACAGACAAAGUUCAAAGGCAUCAAGACUUACAUUUCGUACCGGGUCACGCCUAGCCACACAGGGAAUCCUGUCUACAGGCGCUACAAACACUUUGACUGGCUGUACAACCGCUUACUGCACAAGUUCACUGUGAUCUCCGUGCCUCAUCUGCCUGAGAAACAGGCCACAGGGCGAUUUGAGGAAGACUUCAUUGAGAAGCGUAAGAGGCGACUGAUUCUGUGGAUGAACCACAUGACCAGUCACCCAGUCCUCUCCCAGUAUGAAGGCUUUGAGCACUUUCUGAUGUGUGCUGAUGACAAGCAGUGGAAACUGGGCAAGAGACGGGCGGAGAAGGACGAGAUGGUCGGUGCCCAUUUCAUGCUGACCCUCCAGAUCCCUAACGAGCACCAGGACCUUCAGGAUGUAGAGGAGCGGAUCGACUCCUUCAAGGCCUUCGCUAAGAAAAUGGAUGACAGCGUGAUGCAACUCACACAUGUUGCCUCUGAGCUGGUGCGGAAGCACAUUGGUGGGUUCAGGAAGGAGUUCCAGCGGUUGGGAAAUGCCUUCCAAUCUAUCAGCCAGGCGUUCAUGCUGGACCCUCCCCACAGUUCAGACACCUUCAACAACGCCAUCUCCCAUACUGGCCGCACCUAUGAGAACAUUGGAGAGAUGUUUGCUGAGCAACCUAAGUAUGACCUCUUCCAUAUGCUGGACAAGCUGUCGCUCUACCAAGGCCUGCUGGCCAACUUCCCUGACAUUAUUCAUCUACAGAAAGGUGCCUUUGCCAAGGUGAAGGAGAGCCAGCGGAUGAGUGAUGAGGGGAAGAUGGAUCAGGACGAGGCCGACGGCAUUAGGAAACGCUGCCGGACAGUUGGGUUUGCCCUGCAGGCAGAGAUGAGCCACUUCCAUCGGCAGCGAGAGGUGGACUUCAAAGACAUGAUGCAGGCCUACCUCAAGGAGCAGAUAGCCUUUUACCAACGUGUUGUCCAGCAACUGGAGCGCACCCUGCGCAUGUACGACUGUCUGUAAAGACACCGAACUGCCGCCCAGUUCAAGAUGCCAAAAAACACAAGAGAAGGAAUGGAAGACUCUUUUAUCAAGGCAUUUUGUGUUGGUCAUGUUUGGUUCAGUUUUAAAAAAGACUUGCAGAUAAAUUAAGCAAUAGUUACUGGAAAGACGUACAAAGCCAGUCAGUCUUUCACUUUGAUGGAUUCAAAGUCACAGUUUUUGUUUUUUUAAAGACCUACUGUACCUUUUAUUUCUGAAAUACACAACGCAUAGGCAAUGUCACAGCAUAUUGUUUAUUUUACAUAAUUUAAGGACUUGUAACAUUAAAAUAAGAAUAUAGGUUUAAAAAGAAUCUAUAGUUGAUUGUUAUAUAGUGUAACACAUGCCAUGAAACGGGUUCUGUUUUGAAAUUGUCCCCUUCUCCAACACCAUGACAUUCAUUCACGUCAGAUAUCUCUUAUUACAGGUCACAAAUGUCAUUUUCUUACUUUAUUUCUUGCACCAAGUGCCUUUAAGGAUCUGAGGCAUUCUGGUGGACGGAAAUAUUUUUAAAUGGACCAUUUGUCUGUAGCAUGCCUUGCCUUUUAUAGGGGAACUAUAUUGGAAUGAGUUGUAUUUAGAGACAAGUUUGCACAUGUUUUUAUAAACUAGUUGGUCAUGGUGUGUAGGGGUGUGUUUAUGUGUGGGUGAGAGUGAAAUGAGUCAACUGCUGUGCUGAUCAAUUUCCUUUUCCACGGUGGAAGACAAAAAAAUGAUAUCUUUGUAUGUAGCAGUAUGUAGUUUAUCAAGUCAACUAGUGUACUAUGAACAGUAGUCAGAUAGUUGUAUAAGUGGGUUAACUGGAUGUGUGAGGCAGAGCAUCAACUUAGCAUUUUAACAUUUGUAUUAAAUCAUUAAGUUGACACAAGUCCAAAUUCUUCCUAAAUCCUUUUAUGUAGUCUGGGUCAAAAAACUGUAUGAUUUGAUGUUCAUAUAAAGUAUUUUAAAACAACAACUAAUGCACAAAUAACACCACAUUUACACCAUCAUUCUGAGUAUCUCUAGAGAAUAUAUAAUCUACCCAUAAUAACUUAAUGAAAUAAUAAUAGAGCCAAGUUCAAUGAGAAGAUCAAUGCCACGUCAAGCUAGAGCCAUCAGAUGGUUAGCAGAGCAUAAAGACUUGAAACAGGGAGAAACAGCUAGCCUGGCUCUGUGCAAAGGUAAAACAAAAUCCACCUACCAGCUUGUCUGAUACUCACUAAUUAAAAAUGUUAUAUUUUAUGUGUUUAAAUUGUACCAAACCAAAGUGUAAAUGUCAUUUUGUAGGUUAUGAUACAUAAGCACAUAACCCCCUCGAAAAACCAAUACAAAAACCGGUUUUUGUAUCGAUUAAACAAAAAAAAAUAUUAUGUGUUAAUUAGUGAGCUUUAAAAGUGAUGGAAGGCAGAUUUUAUUACCUUUGGACAGAGCCAAACUGUUUCCCUCUGUUUUCACUCGUUAUGCUAAGCUAAGCUAACCAGCUGCUGGCUAUAGCAUCCUGCAGACAUGAGAGUGGUAUACAUCUUCUCAUCCAACUUUCGGCAAGACAGCGAAUACUCAUACUCACUUCCUAAAAUGUUGAACUAUUCCUUUAAUAAUAUCACAUAUAGCUUAUUGCUCUUAUUCCACCUGUGGUCACAGUGAAGUAUCACUUUUUACAUUUUGUUUUUCACAUUUAAUGUAUACAGUUUUACAACACUGAAUGAGAUUUUAGGUGACUGAGGAUUGAGUCCCCAUCUUCACUGAUUGUGUUCAAUGUUAUAUUUCUAAAUAAGAGUUCUUCCAGUAACAUUACUCAUCUUGUUUAACUAGAGAAAAAUUUCAUAGCAACUUGCGUUUUAACAAGACUAUCUUUAGCAUUGUGUUAACCUCAGAGGUUUAUGUGGAGUUGCAAUUAUAAGCAUUACCUCAAAAAGCGUAGGGAAUGUUUUUGUGAGCUUCACACGCUCCUCCUCCUGUUCAUUUGUCAGUUGUGAGGCACUGAUUCUUCAUGUUGAUGGCAGAGGCUUUGAUCUCUCAGUGUUGUGUCUGGGUAUGGCUGGAAAGUGAAAGGAAAAAUGAUUUUGACAUCUGUGUAUGUGUUUGUGAGUUUCAGAAUUUGAAGUUAGAACAUUAUUAUGGUUCUCCCAAAACAAAGAAGUGCUGAUUCAGAGUGCAGGUUUCACACAA